AUGUUGCCGUCCAUCUUCCGCCGGCGCCAUGAGCCGGAGGAGAUCACCCCGAUUCCCGGCCCACUGGAGACUGACACGCCUGGCUUGCAGCAUCUCCAGCAUCUGCAGCAGUUUGAAAAGGCUCACAAGCUCGACCCCAACCUGCCCAUUGACGACCUCAACGAUGUCGACGCUGCUAUUGCCACGGGCAAUGCCGAGAAGGGCAUCGAGAUUGAGCAUGCCCUGAUGGAAGACAACAGCCCCUACCCUGAGGUACGAGCAGUUGUCCGAAACUACGAUGUCGACGUCCCUGCCAACACCAUUCGCGCCUGGGUCAUCGGCCUGAUUCUCUGUACCGUCGGCUCUGGAGUCAACAUGCUCUUCUCCCUUCGCAAUCCCAGCAUCGCCAUCACGACGUACGUCAUUCAGCUGAUUGCCUAUCCCAUCGGCCGCGGCUGGGACUUGAUCAUGCCGGACAAGGAGUGGAAGCUCUUUGGCCUCAAGUUCAAUCUGCGACCUGGCAAGUUCAACCACAAGGAGCAUGUUGUCAUCGUGGCCAUGUCCAACGCUGCCUAUGGUGGUGGUGUAUUGUAUGCCACCGACGUCCUUCUGGCUCAACGUCUGUGGUACAAGCAGGAUUUCGGCUGGGCAUUCCAGCUCCUGUUUGGCAUCACCACGCUUUGUACUGGAUAUGGCCUGGCUGGCCUAGCUCGUCGCUUCCUGGUCUGGCCCGCCGCCAUGAUCUGGCCCGCCGACUUGGUCAACGUCGCCCUCUUCUACAGCUUGCACGAUCACUCGCCAUCUGACCCGACAAAGACCAACGGCUGGAAAAUCGGCCGCUACAAGCUGUUCCUCAUUGUAGGUUCCGGUGCCUUUAUCUGGUACUGGUUCCCCGGCUGGAUCUUCAAGGGCCUGUCUUCUUUUGCUUGGAUUUGCUGGGUUGCGCCCAACAGUGUCGUUGUCCAAAAGAUCUUUGGUCCGGCUCACGGAUAUGGCCUCAUGCCCACCUCGUUCGACUGGUCUGUAUACAGCGGUUUCUUGGGCUCUCCUCUGAUCCCUCCUUUCCACGCCAUCGCCAACGUGCUCGGUGGCAUCAUCGUCUUCUUCGUCGUCAUUUCCAUGGGAAUCCACUUCAGCGGCACCUGGUACUCUGAUUAUUUCCCCGUUCAGUCAUCUGAGUCGUACGACAACCUCGGCCAGAUUUACAAUGUUUCGCGAAUCCUUGGAAGCGACCUGAACUUUAACGAGACAGCAUACAAGGAGUACUCUCCUCUCUUUUUGUCGACGCAAUUUGCCCUCGCCUAUGGACUGUCGUUUGCCGCCGUUUCUGCCGUGCUCAUCCAUGUCGGUCUUUACCAUGGCAAAGAGAUCUGGAAGCAGUUCAAGAUGGCUCGUCAUCAGGAGGACGACGUUCAUAUGCGACUGAUGAAGAAAUACCGAGAUGCUGAAGAAUGGUGGUAUGCCGUCUUGUUCGUCGUUAUGGUUGCCAUCUCCUUUGGCGUAGUUGCUGGUUGGGACACUGGCUUUCCGGCCUGGGCUUUCGUUGUCUGCUUACUGCUUCCGAUAAUAUGGAUUAUCCCCAUCGGCAUCGUUCAGGCCAUCACCAACAUCCAGCUCGGCCUGAACGUUCUUACCGAGUUCAUCAUUGGUUAUAUGGUGCCUGGCCGGCCCCUUGCCAUGAUGAUGUUCAAGAAUUAUGGCUAUGUCUCCAUGGCUCAGGCCUUGUACUUUGCUCAAGAUCUGAAGCUCGGACAUUACAUGAAAGUGCCUCCUCGUGUCAUGUUCACCUCGCAACUCAUCGCCUCUGUGUGGUCUGCAAUUGUGCAGGUUGUCGUCAUGAACUGGGCCCUUGGCCAUAUCCCCAACGUCUGCGCCGUGGAUCAAGAGAACAGUUAUACAUGCCCAGGUGGCCGUGUCUUUUACACCGCUUCAAUCAUCUGGGGCGCCAUUGGCCCUGCCCGAAUCUUUAGCCAUGGAGCUCUCUAUUCUUCCUUGCAGUGGUUUUGGCUUGUUGGUGCCAUUGCGCCCAUUGCCACUUGGCUUUUGGCCCGUCGCUGGCCCAGAUCUUUCUGGCGCUAUGUUAGCUCUCCAGUCAUCUUUGGAGGCGUUGGCUUGCUUCCCCCUGCGACUGUCAACAUCUAUCUCUGCUGGGGUAUCUGCGGCAUUGUCUUCAACUAUUUCAUCCGACGGAGAUACACUGGUUGGUGGCUGCAGUACAACUACAUCACCUCGGCAGCGCUGGAUUGCGGCCUCAUCAUAUCCACACUGCUGAUUUUCUUCACGCUGUACUUGACCAACAUGAACAGCCCUAGUUGGUGGGGUAAUGAUGGAGCUGUGAAUACCAUGGACUUUGUAGGGACUGCAAUUUCCAAGCAUGUACCUGCCGGCGAGAUUAUCGGACCAAAGGAAUGGUUGUAA